GAAACAGAAGGGAUUAGUGAAGUCCGAAAAGCAGGGCUGUUUUGGAACAGGGAGACAUCCAGAGAGAAUAAUGACUAAUGUCACUCUGGCUGACGUUUACUGGGGGAUCACCAUGCGCCAGUUUUCAGGUUUCAUUGUCAUUAGCUCAUUUAACCCUCAGAAGCCCCCGAUGCACCGGGAGACGUUAUUAUUUCCCUUUUACAGGUGAGGCAGGGCGCUUGAGCCAUCGGGCUGAGGUCUCUCGGCAGCUGCGCGGUGGAGCCAGGAUUUGGAGGCAGGCAGGCUCUGAGGACUGUGUUCUGUUUAGUUCCGGUUUCCGAGGCAAGCUGCUGUGUUAAGUGUUGGGAGCUGCUGAGCAGAAACCCCUCGGCUGAAAGUGAAGUGCCGUGGCGUGUUUCUGGAUUAACUACACUCUGAACUCGAGGGCUGCUGCCUGACCUUUAGUCUAGACAUAUUUUUUGGUCACUCAUCGCCUAUCAGGGGUGUGGCUCUGACCUUAUAAUCCACUCUCUAGCAUUUUCCCCAAAUCCCAAUAUCCUGUUUGAGGGUGUGGCUUGCGAGGGCACACCUAUAGCAAGGAGCCUUGGAACUCAUCAAUUUCACGUUCUUUUUGCCGCCUCUCGCCUGGCUGUCUCCUUCGGAGGCCUCUCACGUCUUGCUUGACUUCCAGUGUGGAGAAGAUGCUCAAGGAACACUGAAAAGCAGGUGGUCGCUCCCAGGGGCCGUGAGGACCACCCAGAUCCAGUAUUGUUGCGAGCCAGGUGGACUGGCAAACUCGGAGAGAGAGCGUCUCCGGGUUGUACGCACCGCCUCCGCUUCUGAAAGAUUUUGGAAAUCCCUUGUCUCCAGAUUGCUGGAAUUGACUUGCUCAAGUGAAUCACCCAAUGGAGACAAAGAGAACUAAUGCUUUGUGCUGACUCAUAUUUGAAUCAAAGCAUUGGGGAGACUGUCUGACUUGUUUGUGGAAAGAACCAGUGAUAGUCUGUGUCACUGAGCUUCCUAAUACUUCUGAAGAUAAGAAGUUAGAGGAAUACAUGCUUUCUUUUGAACUUUUAUAACAAAUAUUUGCUCUAGUUUUGAAGCCCAGGGCUUCUAGGCUUGUGAAUGACAAGUCUUACAAGUGGCCUUAUUCCAUCUCCAGUAACUCCUCAACCGGAUUCUUCGUUUAUAUGUAAUCCUAAAGUGACAGAAAACAUGCCAACCCAGUCCCUUUUAGUGUAUCUAGAUGGGCCAGAAGUUAUCGGCAAUUCUCCUGGCAGCCACAUGGAGAUAGAGGAUGCCAUGACACUGAAAGGGGCUGCUACUGUUCCUUUCAGAGACACGCAAGAAAAAAACCCAACCCAAAUAGAAGGAUACAUGCCCUUGGACUGCAUGUUCUGUGAUCAGACCUUCACACAUUCAGAAGACCUUAAUAAACAUGUCUUAAUGCAACAUCGGCCUACACUUUGUGAACCAGCAGUUCUGUGUGUUGAAGCAGAAUAUCUCAGUCCUCUUGAUAAGAAGCAAGUGAGAACAGGACCUCCAAAGGAGAAGAACUGCAAAGAAAAUGAAGAUUUUAGCUGUGAGGUAUGUGGGCAGACAUUCAGGGUCGCUUUGGACGUUGAGAUCCACAUGAAGAAACAUAAGGACUCUUUCACUUACGGCUGUAAUGUGUGUGGGAGAAGAUUCAAGGAGCCGUGGUUUCUUAAAAAUCACAUGCGAACACACACAGGCAAGUCCGGGGCCAAGAGCAAACUGCAGCCUGGCUCGGGGAGCCCGGCGACCAUCAACGAGGUGGUGCAGGAGUCCACAGCCCAGAGCAUCUCAUCUCCUUACAAAAUCUGCAUGGUCUGUGGCUUCCUGUUUCCGAAUAAGGAAAGUCUAAUCGAUCACAGGAAGGUGCACACCAAAGAAACAGCUUCCGGUUCGAGCAGCACCCAGACAGACUCUCAGCAGGAGGGGAUGCCAUCUCCAGGGCAAGAGUUCUUGCAGUUUUUAAACCUGAGGCCAAAAUCUGACCCUGAAACCGUGAAGACGCCUGCAAAAUGGAUACCUCAGCUCGACCCAUUCACCACCUACCAGGCAUGGCAGCUGGCCACCAAAGGGAAGGUGGCCGUUUGCCGAGAAGUGAAGGAGCAGCCAGGGCAGGAAGGGAGCACCGACAAUGACGACUCGUGCUCAGAGAGAGAAGAGCUUCUAGGAAUUUGGAAUGUGAGCAAAAGCCAUCCCGAAGGUUCUGGGAAGUCCAGAACAAGUAAAAGCGGUUGUGCGGGCCUCUCACAAGAUAAAGAGAAGCGUAGACACGCCAGCAGUGAAGUGCCUUCCGUGGAUGCAGACCCCAAGUCGCCCAGUACCAGGGAGAAGCCGACGCAUUGCUCCGAGUGCGGCAAGGCCUUCAGGACCUACCACCAGCUGGUCCUGCACUCCAGGGUGCACAAGAAGGACCGGAGGCUGGGCGCCGAGUCGCCGACCGUGGCCGCGGACGGAAAGCGGCCCAGGACGUGUGCUCCAGACCUGACCACCACCCUGGAGGAAAAUGGAGCCACUGACCGAGAGGGUGGCUCUGAGGACGGCUCCGAGGAUGGCCUUCCAGAAGGGCUCCAUUUGGACAAAAAUGAUGGAGGAAAAAUAAAGCAUCUUACGUCCUCAAGAGAAUGUAGUUAUUGUGGAAAGUUUUUCCGUUCCAAUUAUUACCUCAAUAUUCAUCUCAGAACGCAUACAGGUGAAAAACCAUACAAAUGUGAAUUCUGUGACUAUGCUGCAGCGCAGAAGACCUCCCUGCGGUACCACCUGGAGAGGCACCACAGGGACAAGCAGAUGGAUGCCGCCCCCGAGGCCAGGGACGCCAGCAAACACCCGGAUGCCGACAAUGCACUACUCACCGCCCACAACACGCAAACCAAAAAUUCGAAACGAUUUUCUAAUGGUGCCAAAGAUGUUAAAGGCGGCCCACCCACAAAGCAACUUAAGGGGAUGGCCGCUGCCUUCCAGAACAUUCUGGGCAGCGCUGUCCUCUCACCAGUACGCAGAGAUACUCAGGAUUUCAUUCAUAAUGCAACCAAUGAUAGUGCUGAUAAAAUGAUCAAAACUCCUGUGCCAGCUUAUUUGGACAAGUUAAAGAAGAGGCCAGCCGUGAAACCUGCGCCAAGUAACCUCAACUGCAGAACUGAAGCGGACGGCGCCGCCCCGAUAGGGGCGGCCAAGGGGGAGGCCGGCCGCCGGGAGAGGAGGGCGGAGGCUGCGGCCAACUGCAAGGAGGACUCUCAAGAGAAGCCUUUGAACCUAUCUCGUGGGGCUCUGCACAGCUGCCCGGCAAUUUCUUUGAGCAAAAGUUUAAUCCCAAGCAUCACCUGCCCAUUUUGUACCUUCAAGACGUUUUAUCCCGAAGUUUUAAUGAUGCACCAGAGACUGGAGCAUAAGUACAACCCUGACAUGAACAAAAACUGCAGAGGCAAGUCUUCGCUCCGCAGCAGGCGCACCGGGUGCCCACCCGUGCUCCAGGGGAAGGACGUGCCUCCGCUGGCGACCUUCCGCAAGCCCAAGCCCAGGCCUGCCCUGCCCGCGCAGCCCAGGCCUCUGCCAGCCGACCGAGCCAAGCCGAGCCCCCCAGGCCCGGGCCGGAUGCCCCCGCCGGGGCCCGACACCAGCACUUUAGCACCCAGCAACCUGAAGGCGCCCCGGCCACUGCCCGAGGUGCCUGCCCCGGAGAAGGCGAGACGGCCCGAGACACGGCUGAAGUCCGCCCGGGAUGCGCACUGGGCCCCACCGGGGAGGGACUAUUUCUGCGGCCGUGCCACCUCCGAAUUUGGAGAGCCGCUCCCCAAAAGGCUCAAGCCCUGCGCGGCAUCUCUGGAUGGGGACCAGCCGGGGCCCACUUACCGGCGGGGCUUCGAGCUCCCCAAGUACCACGUGAUGCGUGGGGUGCCAUCGCUGCUGCCCCAAGAGUGUGUGUGCCCACCUCCCGCAGGGCUGCCCCCCAAGCCCAAGUUCAUGGGAUCCAAUGAGGCGGAGCCCGCGGGCCUGCUGACUGCGCAGAAGCCCUUUGGGGGCUCCGGGCCACUCUUUGCCUGCGGCCCCGCGGGUAGCCCCACGGCCGGCCCGGCGUUGGAAGGAAAAAGGCCUGUGUCCUAUCAACACUUAUCUAGCAGCAUGCUACAAAAGAGAAACUACGAGAAUUUUAUUGGGAAUGCACAUUAUCAACCAAAUGACAAAAAAACUUAACUUCCUAUUUGGGGGAAGAAAGGUCUUGGUGGAUAUAAGUGUGUACCCUCCGCCAGAUUAAAUUAGUUCAUCCUUUGAGAAAGCAUACGGUGAAAGCUACUGAGUUAAGCUGUGACUGCACUGUGCAUACGAUAUACAAGGAACACUACGGUUUUGUAAAACUGUUCUAACUUUUGAACCAAAUAGCAAUAAAAAACUAUAGCUGGAACAGUUGAGUUGUUCACAAAUGGAGACGGAAAUCUCUAUUUUGCGCCUGAAUAAUAUUUUUUUUUAGAAUUGACCAAAUAAGUGGAGUUCUUUGCAUACUUGAGCGCUGCUGACAAGGAAUCAUUUGGAUUGGGGGGGGGGGGGGGAGUGGGUUGGGUAGGGAGAAAGUAUAUAAUGCUUGCACCUCAGGUAAAAAUCUGUAAAUGCAUAAGUUGUAACCUUGUUUAAAUACUGUGUGUAUUCUUUUUUUCUAAUGUAGCUCAUCACUUUGAGCAGUUUCUGCUAUUUGUGCUCUUUCAUUUAAAAUGUAUGUCUAAAAAAAUUUGUUUUUCAAUUAUUUGUAUUAUGGUAAAUCCUCUGCCGUCUAUUGUCUUAACAGAAUUGUUGACGGAAGUAUUGACCCUCUAUGAAUAUGUGCUGCAUGUAAUUGAGGUCAGCCAUUCUGAUUUUGGUGCCCUUGGAUUGCAAAUUUCAGUAUCAACUGACGAAGAGUCCAGAUCCCCGGUCCUUUUCUGAGGGAGUGGGGUAUUUGUGGGAUUUUUUAACUGCCAUGUGUCUACAGAGAAACAUUUUCUCUGCAAAGCAGCCGAAUAUCCAGUGGAUGUACCAAAUUGUGUGUGGAGUCACUUAAAUCUGUUUCCUAUCAAAGUAAUAAUUUUUGUGGGAAAAUUCAUUUUUCUGAGCAUUUGCCUAAAUUAAUAUAUAGAAAAUAGAAAUGCCAACUUAAUACAUGUGAAUUACAUAUAUUAGAAACACUUUUAAAGGAAAUGAAGGUUUUUGGGUAAAUUUUAGGUUUGCAUUUGUAAGUCUCGGUGUGUCAGUCAUUUGGGUUAACAGUUGACAUAUUCGUGUGAAUCACAGACACACAUACUGAAUAAGGAACCGCCUGCUGAGCCUUCUGGGAGUUGGGGAAGAGGUAAUCUGUUUCUGGACCUCAGUUGUCUUCCCAUUUUUGGUUGUUUUGAAGCAGCAGUGUUUUUCUCAGUGCACAUACAACUUAGGUUUUAAAGAGAGAAUAACCAUCAGCUGGCUUGCUAGAUGUUUUAAAUUUUUGUUCCCUUAAUAUGCAAUCCAUGGCUGAGUGUAUUCAGCAGUACAUGGGGUUAGCAACACAGAAUAUUUUAUUAAGAAAACUGUUUCAGAAAUAAUUUUGCACUGUAAAGGGAAAAGUCCUAAAAGAAUCCUGAUUUUUUUGUUUUGUUUUCAUAAUGCAACAUGAGGCGUACUUGAUAGAGAAGUCUUAAAUUCCUGUGUUAAAGGGAGACCUAAUUGGGGAUCACUCUGCUGGCAUUGCAAUGAAGUGCUUUGUAUCAGGAAAGUGUACACUAUUUACCUUAUUUCCUGUUCACAAGCUGAGCCAUAUGUACAUAAUCUAGGUUUUUGUUUUCAUAGUUUUGCACUUUUAUAGCCUAUUUUUGAAGAUUAACACAUUUGCAAGAUGAUUAACUUGAUCUUUGCCUAAUCCAAUGAGUGUUACAGAAAGCUCGCUGUGACUAUAAAUGUAAAUCUUAAAAGGGGAUACUUAAUAAUAGAGGGCUGAAGUUUAGCCCUGUAUUUAAAAAAAAAAAAAUCACCAAAUCUAUUUGAAACCAAGUCAAUUCAUGUCAUGCUGAAAUUGUGGGGACUUUCAGAUUUCUCCUUUCUAACCACAUUUCUGACUGCAAAAAAUACCAGUUUCUUUUUCUACAGCCCUUGUACUCCAAAAUGUUUUUUUUAUCCAUCAGUAUUAAAUAUUGGGAUACUACUGGUUUUGUAUGUAUUUUUUUUCUUUCUUUGAAACAACAGUACAUAUAAUAGAGGUACAGUCCGUUGGAUUUUUGUUUAUGUAUUUAUUUCAUUCCAUUUUGAUUUAUUUUAAUUGUUGAUACUUAAGUUGUCCAACAGUAGACAUUACUUGUUUUAUUUAUGAUAUAUUUCAGCUUAAAGUUAUGUUAUUAUAUGUGAAUGUAAAUAUAGAUUUGGUGUUUUGCA